AUGUAUAAAUACAGUGGUCUUUCUGAGCCAUUCGAUACUAGGCCUCCUCAUGGAGGUUUUAACUGGUUUGAAAUUCCUUCGACCGAUCCCGAUGCAACAAGAAACUUUUACCAGGCCAUCUUCCCUUCCUGGAAGUUUGAGAACCCCCCGCACUACCCUUCCGAGUUCAUACAACUUUUCAAAGUCGAACAGCCAUCUUACAUGGAGGGUGCCAUCAUCAUGGCCAAUCCCCAAUCUAAGUCAAGCACCAAUGCUUUCAAAGCCGACGCGGUGGGAUUCGUUCCGUUCUUCUUGACUGACUCCAUUGACAAGCUCGAGGAAAAGGUUGUUUCUCUUGGUGGCAAGCCCUGUGGUCCCAAGACUGACGGACGAGGUGAUGGCUGGUUUGCCAAGUUUUUUGACCAGGACGGCAAUGUGUUUGGGGCUUGGGAAGUUCGCGUGAAGUCUUGA